AUGUCCAUCACGGGCGUGCUGCCGGAGACUCACUGGCAGGCGCCAUCCAAGACAAAGUACUGCCAGUACCAAGACUGCGGCGCAUCUUUUGGAAUCUUCAGUUCCAAGACGAAUUGCCGCCGCUGCGGCAUUGUCAUAUGUUCCAAAUGCGUGCGCACCUGUGAUAGUAUUACGGGACACUACUACAACAAACCGCAACCAGUUUGUCCGCGAUGUCUUGAGUUUAUUGAACGACAAAAGGAAAAAAUGAAACGAACACUAGCGCAACAAGCGCCUUCAAUAGCGACACGCAACAACACCGAUGCCUUUACAGCAGAGACGGUCUCUUCACACGAGGCAGCCGCACAGGCACGCGAGCAAAUUCAGCGUCUCGAAGAGGAGCUAGCUGCAGAGAGGCACACCCACAAAGAGAUACAGGCAAAGCAGGCAAAUACCAUCGAGCAAUAUAUAAUACAAAGAGAAAAAAACCUACUAGAGCUGGAUGGGCUCCGUGUAACGAUUGCGCAACUCACUAAUGACAAGAACAAUACAGCUGCCAACGAAUCAGACAGUCAUGGCAUCAAAGAAGUAGCACAGAUCAACCCCGAGAAACAUUUAUUACAAACCAAACCCAAAGAACUAUUUAGCCAGUUACAAGACUCCGAGGAGGCCCGGGCCCGAGCACAGUCAGAGCUGCUCGAGCUGCAAGCGCAGUUACACCAACUGAGUGAGCAGAUGCGUGCUAGUUCGACUGAACUGCAGAGCCGCCUGGGUGAGCUGACCGCGGAGCGCGAUGAGCUGCGUGACAGUUCGGCUGAACUGCAGGGCCGCCUGGGUGAGCUGACUGCGGAGCGCGAUGAACUGCGUGAGCGGAUACGUGCUAGUUCGACUGAACUGCAGGGCCGCCUGGGUGAGCUGACUGCGGAGCGCGAUGAGCUGCGUGCCAAUUCGACUGAACUGCAGGGCCGCCUGGGUGAGCUGACNCUGCGUGCCAAUUCGACUGAACUGCAGGGCCGCCUGGGUGAGCUGACUGCGGAGCGCGAUGAGCUGCGUGCUAGUUCGACUGAACUGCAGGGCCGCCUGGGUGAGCUGACCGUGGAGCGCGAUGAGCUGCGUGCUAGUUCGGCUGAACUGCAGGGCCGCCUGGGUGAGCUGACCGCGGAGCGCGAUGAUCUGCGUGAGCGGAUGCGUGCUAGUUCGACUGAACUGCAG